CUCCAGAAAGCAGCAGGAUGAGGGCUUGUGUGCAACUAGGGCUGUUGUUUCUCAGCCUGUUCAUUUCCAGUCUGGAUGGUGAAGAAAUUGAUUCAGAAAUAAGCAUGCAAGUGCCACCAAAUAUGGAUGAGGAUAUGGAUGAUUUCCCUCGAUUUCAGGUUGCUGAGAAUGAACAGGAACGAAAUCUUCUGUCUCAUAAUUCUGACAUCAUCCUAGCGAACUUCCGUGUCAAGAGGCAGGACAAUGGCAAGAAACCCAAACGAAAGAAGACACGUCCAGGAAGUUCGAGCGCUUUAGAAUCAAUGACUGUGGCAACACCCCGUGUUAGGAGGCAGACAGGCAACAAUGGUAAAAGAAAACCCAAAGGACCCAAGCCGGGGAUGUUUUCAAUUUUAGCCAAAUUGCCUUCCCAGGAUCCGGCAUCUUCAGGAAAAAUAAUAACAGCAUAGAGAGAUGUCACAAAAAAUGUUUCUGAGUGUUUCAGGCUUGGGUUGGACUCAAAAAUAUAUAAAUUGCUUUUUACUGCUGUUCCUUCUUAAAUAUAGUUUUGAUAAAAACCAUCUACUGAAAAGGUGCAAUAUAGCCAAUUCAUUAUCAUAAGGAAGACUCUACUUUAUCUGAAAUCUCAAGAAAAAACACCAGGAGGCGAUGUUUACCCAUCUGAACCAAUCCAUGUUUAAUUUUCAUUUGCCUGUCUUUUUCUUUGAACUACAAAUAAAGCAUGUGUUUAAAUAUG